AUGACCAGCUCGCUCUUUAUGACGGGGUUUGCCUCUCUGCUUGCCAUCUCUUCAGCUCUUCAAUUCCAAGUCAUUCAUCCUUUCUCUGACUCUGCAUGCAAGAAUCCCGUUGGUGUUAAAGCCGUCCACGAUAGCGAUGCUGUCACCGAGAUCGCUCUAGGGUAUGGAGUAGGUGCUGAAGCUCGGGGGCGCAAAUACGAAAAGUACGGAAAAGUGGACUUUGAAAAUGCAACUGCACCAGAUAAUGGCAUUGGAAAUUGGGUUCGGUGGUAAGUUUCUGCUCAAUUCACUUGAUGCUACUAGACUUACCUACUGGCACUAGGAAUACCGGUCCCAUAGAGAAGGGUUGCAAGGUCAUCAUAUGACUCCCUUCGCGAACGAUAUCAGUAAUUGGAUGUGGAUGGCUCCGGAUGCAAUGCAAGCUCCGGGAAAAGUAAUCCUCACCGCCGCGCAGGAAGGUUGCGUGUUUACUCAAUUGCCAGUACGUUUGCCUUGUACUUUUACUGCUAUGUUCCCGUGAUUCUGAUCAAGAGCAUUACAGGUUUCUGCCACCCUCUGGGCUACUUUCUGCUGUGGUGGUCAAUGUAAUCAUUUCACAGGCAGUGCCCCUGAUCCACGGCCUGCUGGCGAGAAGCCUCAUAAACGCGAGGAGAUUACUACCAAUUGCAAACGGUGAGAUGUAGUUCGGAACCCACUAUGAAUGUAUUCUAAUAAGUCCACAGAAGAAGAAUAUUCCAGCAACCACAGACAUGGUCGCCGCAAAGAUGGGAUCUCUAGCUGCACGCGCGGCUCUACAAAAACGCGACCGCUGCGAUAUCCACGACAAGGAAUGUGCUGAUAAGUUCUGGAAAGGUUGCAAGAUCGAUCCAGAAACUCCUACUCUUGCAGCGGGAUUUCAAGUUGCUGUAUCCCAAAUACAAUCCGCGGCAGCCGGGCCGGGUGCUGGAGACAGCACCAUUACAGCGUCUAUUGCCUUCACGGUCGGGACCUCAACUUCUUUUACGCAAGGGAGCUCCUCUUCUUCAACUCAAGGUCUCGAGGUGUCUGUCGAGGGUGGUGUCUCGUUCCCCGUUGAAGCCAAAACUACUGUGUCUGCUUCUUUGAUCUUUACUGAGGAGAUCAACCAAAGUACUAGCCAUGAGCAGAAUGAGAGCAAACAGGAGACUGUAAUUCAAACUUUAGCUCAAGUACUCGGAACUACGGGGUUCCAAAGUUACACGCCUUAUUACAAUUGCUAUAUGCCUUACAUCGAUUGUGGGAUGGAGAAAGGCACCGGGAAAGUUAAUGUCUGUUAUCCAGCUUAUGAUAAUAAAGGGCAGAUUAGGGGGGAGUUUGCUAUUGUUACUGUCAGCUAA